UAUCAUUAGACGUCUGUUUGUCAGAGGAUAUCAACACUGUAGAAAAUAUAGCACGUAAAGCAUCACAAUGAGCUAUUGAAUUCGGAUGAACUGAUCUAUUGGUCAAUAUUCAUGUCUGCACAACCCAUCGUAGGCGGAGUAACAGCGGUCAGAUCUGUGCGGUUGAGGGGCCCAACCGUAGGGGCAGUGUCUUUGGUGCAUACCAAAGCCUAGACAGAUGCCUGAAUAUCAAUUGUGUUGUUGCAGAAAGUGUUAUUAAAGAGGGAGGUCGGUCUAUUCCUGUGAACAGUUGUCCUCGUUUCUUCCGUCACAGCACCAGGUGCCACUCUUGCUCUGGUACCCCCAAAAUGGCUCAUCGAAGUGGGCUGGAGGACCCGGAGCGGUACCUGUUUGUGGACCGCGCUGUCGUCUACAACCCGGCCACACAGGCUGACUGGACAGCCAAGAAGGUGGUGUGGAUCCCUUCAGAGCGUCAUGGUUUUGAGGCGGCCAGCAUCAAGGAGGAGCGGGGAGAGGAGGUGGUGGUGGAACUGUCAGAGAAUGGCAAGAAGGCCGUUGUCAAUAAGGACGACAUCCAGAAGAUGAACCCGCCUAAGUUCAGCAAGGUGGAAGACAUGGCCGAGCUCACCUGCCUGAACGAGGCCUCGGUGCUGCACAACCUCAAGGACCGCUACUACUCUGGCCUCAUCUAUACUUACUCUGGGCUGUUCUGUGUGGUGAUAAACCCCUAUAAAAACUUGCCCAUCUACUCCGAGAACAUCAUAGAGAUGUACAGAGGGAAGAAGCGUCAUGAGAUGCCACCACACAUCUACGCCAUUUCAGAGUCAGCAUACCGCUGCAUGCUCCAAGAUCGUGAAGACCAAUCAAUCCUUUGCACAGGCGAGUCGGGUGCCGGCAAGACAGAAAACACCAAAAAGGUCAUCCAGUACCUGGCCCACGUCGCCUCGUCACACAAAGGACGCAAAGACCACAACAUUCCUCCCGAAUCCCCUAAAGCGUUGAACAAGCUCCAGGGCGAGCUGGAACGGCAGCUUCUGCAAGCCAACCCCAUCCUUGAAUCCUUUGGCAAUGCCAAGACGGUGAAAAACGACAACUCGUCACGUUUUGGCAAGUUCAUCAGAGUCAACUUUGACGUGACCGGCUACAUUGUUGGGGCCAAUAUCGAGACCUACCUCCUGGAGAAGUCCAGGGCCGUUCGCCAGGCCAAAGACGAGAGGACCUUCCAUGUCUUCUACCAGCUUCUUGCAGGAGCCGGGGAGCACCUCAAAACCGACCUGCUCCUGGAGGGCUUCAACAACUACCGCUUCCUGUCCAACGGCAACAUUACCAUCCCUGGCCAGCAGGACAAGGACAACUUCCAAGAGACCAUGGAUGCCAUGCACAUCAUGAGCUUCUCCCAUGAGGAGAUCGUAUGCAUGCUGAAGGUGGUGUCUGCAGUACUACAGUUUGGUAACGUUGUCUUCAAGAAGGAGAGGAACACAGACCAGGCCUCCAUGCCCGAGAACACAGUGGCUCAGAAGCUGUGCCACCUGCUGGGGCUGAAUGUGAUGGAGUUUACCAGGGCCAUUCUGUCCCCCCGCAUCAAAGUGGGCCGAGACUACGUCCAGAAGGCCCAGACCAAAGAACAGGCUGACUUUGCAGUGGAAGCCCUGGCCAAGGCCACAUAUGAGCGUCUGUUCCGCUGGCUCGUCCACCGCAUCAACAAGGCCCUGGACAGGACCAAGAGACAGGGAGCCUCCUUCAUCGGCAUUCUGGACAUCGCUGGCUUUGAGAUCUUUGAGCUGAACUCAUUUGAGCAGAUGUGCAUCAACUACACCAACGAGAAGCUGCAGCAGCUGUUCAACCACACCAUGUUCAUCCUGGAGCAGGAGGAGUACCAGAGGGAGGGCAUCGAGUGGAGCUUCAUCGACUUCGGCCUGGACCUGCAGCCCUGCAUCGACCUCAUUGAGAGACCGACCAACCCUCCAGGAGUUCUGGCCCUGUUGGAUGAGGAGUGCUGGUUCCCCAAGGCCACUGAUAAGACAUUUGUAGACAAGGUGCUCCAGGAGCAGGGCACCCACCCCAAGUUCCAGAAACCCCGGCAGCUGAAGGACAAAGCCGACUUCUGCAUCAUUCACUACGCUGGCAGGGUGGACUACAAGGCUGACGAGUGGCUGAUGAAGAACAUGGACCCUCUGAACGACAACGUGGCCACGCUGCUCAACCAGUCCACUGACAAGUUUGUGUCUGAACUGUGGAAGGACGUGGACCGUAUCGUGGGUCUGGACCAGGUAGCAGGGAUGAACGAGACGGCCUUCGGCGCAGCCUAUAAGACCAAGAAGGGCAUGUUCCGCACGGUGGGCCAGCUCUACAAGGAGUCUCUCACCAAGCUCAUGGCCACUCUGAGGAACACCAACCCCAACUUUGUCCGCUGCAUCAUCCCCAACCACGAGAAGAGGGCUGGUAAGCUAGACCCCCACCUGGUUCUGGACCAGCUGAGGUGUAAUGGUGUUCUGGAGGGGAUCCGUAUCUGCAGACAGGGCUUCCCCAACCGUAUCGUCUUCCAGGAGUUCAGACAGAGGUAUGAGAUCCUCACCCCCAACGCCAUCCCCAAGGGCUUCAUGGAUGGCAAGCAAGCCUGUGAGAGAAUGAUCCGAGCCUUGGAGUUGGAUCCUAAUCUGUUCAGGAUUGGUCAGAGUAAGAUCUUCUUCAGGGCUGGAGUGCUGGCUCACCUGGAGGAGGAGAGAGACCUGAAGAUCACAGACAUCAUCAUCUACUUCCAGUCUGUCUGCCGGGGAUACCUGGCCCGCAAGGCGUUUGUUAAGAAGCAGCAGCAACUGAAUUGUCUGAAGGUGCUUCAGAGGAACUGUUCUGCCUACCUGAAGCUGAAGCAUUGGCAGUGGUGGAGACUCUUUACCAAGGUAAAGCCCCUGCUGCAGGUGACCAGGCAGGAGGAGGAGAUGCAGGCCAAGGACGAUGAGCUUGUCAAGGUGAAGGAGAAGCAGACCAAGGUGGAGGGAGAACUGGUGGAAAUGGAGAGAAAGCACUCACAGCUGAUUGAGGAGAAGAACAUCCUAGCGGAGCAGCUGCAGGCUGAGACGGAGCUGUUUGCCGAGGCUGAGGAGAUGAGAGCCCGUCUGGCCGCUAAGAAGCAGGAGCUGGAGGAGAUCCUUCAUGACCUGGAGUCUAGAGUGGAAGAGGAGGAGGAGAGGACCCAGGGCCUGCAAAGUGAGAAGAAGAAGAUGCAGUCUCACAUCCAGGACCUGGAGGAGCAGUUGGAUGAGGAGGAGGCUGCCAGGCAGAAGCUGCAGCUGGAGAAGGUGACAGCCGAGGCCAAGAUGAAGAAAUUUGAGGAGGACAUCUUGCUCCUGGAGGACCAGAACUCCAAGUUCCUGAAGGAGAAGAAGCUCCUGGAUGACCGUGUCAAUGAGAUGAUGUCCCAGCUGACUGAGGAGGAGGAGAAGGCCAAGAACCUGGGCAAGACAAAGAACAAGCAGGAGGUGAUGAUGGUGGACCUGGAAGAGCGUUUGAAGAAGGAGGAGAAGACUCGUCAGGAGCUGGAGAAGGCCAAGAGGAAGCUGGAUGGAGAGACCACAGACCUGCAGGACCAGAUAGCUGAGCUGCAGGCCCAGAUAGAGGAGCUCAGGGUGCAGCUGGCCAAGAAGGAGGAGGAGCUGCAGGCUAUACAGGCCAGGGGAGACGAGGAGGUGACCCAGAAGAACAACGCCCUGAAGCAGGUACGGGAGCUACAGGCCCAGUUGGCAGAGCUGCAGGAAGACCUGGAAUCAGAGAAGGUCUCUAGGAACAAGGCUGAGAAGCUCAAGAGAGAUCUGAGUGAGGAACUGGAGGCCUUAAAGACUGAGCUGGAGGACACCCUGGACACCACCGCAGCCCAGCAGGAGCUCAGGACCAAGCGUGAGCAGGAGGUGACGGAGCUGAAGAAGGCCAUCGACGAAGAGACCAAGAACCACGAGGCCCAGAUCCAGGAGAUGAGACAGAGACACUCCACAGCCCUGGAGGAGCUGUCUGAGCAGCUAGAGCAGGCCAAAAGGUUCAAGGUCAACCUGGAGAAGAACAAGCAGAGCACAGAGAGUGCCAACAAGGAGCUGGUCAGUGAGGUAAAGGGGCUGCAGCAGGCCAAGACGGAGUCAGAACACAAGAAGAAGAAGCUGGAGGCCCAGCUCCAGGAGUUCAUGGCCCGGGUCACAGAGGGAGAGAAGGGCAAGGGAGAGCUGGCCGACCGCUCCCUCAAACUACAGACGGAGCUGGACAGUGUGUCUGCUCUGCUGGAAGAUGCAGAGAGGAAGGGAAUCAAGCUGGUUAAAGACACCGCUGUCCUGGAGAGCACUUUGCAGGACACACAGGAGCUUCUCCAGGAAGAGACGCGUCAGAAGCUGAACAUGAGCAGUCGUAUCCGCCAGCUGGAGGAGGAGAAGAGCACCCUGCAGGAGCAGCAGGAGGAGGACGAGGUGGCGCGCAGAAACCUGGAGAAACAGCUGUGCACACUGCAGGCCCAGCUGGUUGACACCAAGAAGAAGCUGGAGGAUGACGUGGGGAUGGUGGAGGGUCUGGAGGAAGUGAAGAGGAAGCUGCAGAAGGACAUGGAGCUGGCCACCCUGAGGCUGGAGGAGAAGGGCAUCGCCUUUGAGAAGAUGGAGAAGACCAAGACCCGCCUGCAGCAGGAGCUGGACGACCUCAUGGUGGAUCUGGACCACCAGAGAACCAUCGUCUCCAACCUGGAGAAGAAGCAGAAGAAGUUUGACCAGCUGCUGGCUGAGGAGAAGAACAUCUCUGCACGCUAUGCUGAGGAGAAGGACAGGGCUGAGGCAGAAGCCAGGGAGAAGGAGACCAAGUCCCUGUCUCUGGCCCGGGCUCUGGAGGAGGCUCUGGAGGCCAAGGAGGAGUUUGAGAGACUCAACAAGCAGCUGAGGAGUGAGAUGGAGGACCUGAUGAGCUCCAAGGACGACGUGGGCAAGAACGUCCAUGAGUUGGAGAAGUCCAAGAGGACUCUGGAUCAGCAGCUGGAGGAGAUGAGGACUCAGCUGGAGGAGCUGGAGGACGAGCUGCAGGCCACGGAGGACGCCAAGCUGCGUCUGGAGGUCAACAUGCAGGCCAUGAAGGCCCAGUACGAGAGAGACCUGGCAGGGCGAGACGACCAGAACGACGAGAAGAAAAGGGCGCUUGUCAAACAGGUGCGUGAGAUGGAGGCAGAGCUGGAGGAUGAGCGGAAGCAGAGAGCUCUGGCCCUGGCUGCUAAGAAGAAGCUGGAGAUGGACCUGAUGGACAUGGUGGGACAGAUAGAGGGCGCCAACAAGGCCCGUGACGAAGCCAUCAAGCAGCUACGCAAAUUGCAGUCCCAGAUGAAAGACUACCAGAGGGAGUUGGAGGACGCCCGGGCCUCUCGGGAUGAGAUAUUCUCCCAAUCCAAGGAGAACGAGAAGAAGCUGAAGAGCCUGGAGGCCGAGGUUCUCCAGCUGCAUGAGGACCUGGCGGCGUCAGAGAGGGCGCGGCGCCACGCAGAGCAGGAACGGGAUGAGUUAGCGGACGAGAUCUCCAACAGCACCUCGGGCAAGUCUGCCUUGAUGGAUGAGAAAAGGAGGCUGGAGGCUCGCAUUGCUCAGCUGGAGGAGGAACUAGAGGAGGAACAGGGCAACAUGGAGCUGCUUAACGACCGCUUCCGCAAGACCACCAUGCAGGUGGACACCCUGACCCUAGAGCUUGUGGCAGAGCGCAGCAUGGCCCAGAAGAGUGAGAAUGCGCGCCAGCAGCUGGAGAGGCAGAACAAGGACUUGCGGGCCAAGCUGGGCGAGCUGGAGGGCUCCGUGAAGAGCCGGUUCAAGGCCUCCAUCAGCGCCCUGGAGGCCAAGAUACUGCAGCUGGAGGAGCAGCUGGAGCAGGAGGCUAAGGAGCGAGCAGCGGCCAAUAAGCUUGUGAGAAGGACAGAGAAGAAGCUGAAGGAGGUGUGCAUGCAGGUGGAGGACGAGCGCCGCCAUUCCGACCAGUACAAGGAACAGAUGGAGAAGGCCAACUCUCGUAUGAAGCAGCUGAAGAGGCAGCUUGAGGAGGCUGAGGAGGAGGCCACACGUGCCAACGCCUACCGCAGGAAGCUGCAGAGGGAGCUGGACGAUGCCACUGAGAGCAGCGAAGGUCUCAGCCGUGAGGUCAACACACUCAAGAGCCGCCUCAGGCGUGGAGGCCCCAUCAGUUUCUCCUCCAGCCGCUCGGGCAGGCGUCAGCUGCAGGUGGAGGGAACAUCGCUCGACCUCCUAUCCGACGAUGAGGUGGAAAACAAAACCACGGACGCCAAUGCCAACGAGACGCCAGCAGCUCCCCAACCAGAGUAGACGCGCUCCCUACAGCCCAAACCUUACCCCUGUCCUCCUAACCCCAGACACCAGCAGUGGACCCCACUACUCUGCCUUACCCCUCUAUGGCAAGCUGCAGGGCCAAGCAAAUCCAUCACCUCCUCCAUAUGAAUAUACCGCACAUCAUGCCUUGGAUUCGUUUUUAACAUCAAUUGCAAAUAAUAGUGCAUUUAAAUUGCAUAGGCGUCUGAGUGUGCAUAGGCACUCGAAAACAAGUAGCAGGAGUUUACCAUAAUUAUGUUAAGCUACUUCCCUGGAACAGCCAUUAGAAUCAAACAGCCCUCUAGCUAGAAUUAACCACUGUCAUUUCAGCUGGUUUACUGGCACACAGGUGGACGACUGCACACAAGUCGGUAAAAACAUGUGUCUUUCAUGAUUGUACAGUAUUGGACCAGGAUAUGUAAAACAAAGCACAGCAUAAGCGAGGGAAUUAUUUUUAAAUGGUAGCCUAAAUGACGAUCACACCAAAUUUUUUUCAUCAAAACCACCACUGUCAUAGAGAUACUACAAUCCACUUAGUUUAGUAUAAAAAUAACUAUGUGACUAACUCUUUGGUAGCAGGUUUGUAGUGAAUUAGAUUGUACCACGCCAUGUUGCCUCAGCAUUCCCCCUAUAUAUAUGACCAGCAAAAGACCCUGUUAACUUGACCAAUAUAACCUUGUCCAAUAACCCACCAUUUUAUAUUUGACAUAUCAAUCUACUUUAAGUGGUGUACGAUAAUGUGUGGAAUUAGGUUUGUCAGACUUGGAGCAAAGGCCCUUUUUUUUAGAAAGACAGCCCAAAUGUGUGCUUGACAUACUAUAAUAUUGCUAUGUAUAAUUCUGGCUAUUCAGUUAUGUUUUCUGUACCAUGUACAAAAUACUUAACUCAAAAAGGUCUCUUUGACAUCUCGUGUCACCUUCAUUUCAAUGCAUUUCAAAUGGCUGAAUAAUAUUAGCAUGAUUUACAGAAGGGUAAUUCAUGUUUUAUUGAAGUUUUAUUGAGUGUUAGAGCGUUGGUUUUAAUUCAGUGGUUCAGGGUAGAGCAAUCAUUCAAUUUGAAUAUGCACACUUGUUGAUGCCUUGAUUAUUAAAUGUUAAACAUAAAUGACCAUUUUGUAAAUGACUAAUUACAUAUUUGAGGCCUUUAUUAUUAUUUUAAGCCAGAACAAAUUGGGGGAAAAAAGGUUUAUCUGUUUCCUUUGAAAGACACUUCUCAAUAAAGACAUGAGGGGGAAAAAAGUGUAUAGUGUUUGAACCAGUUUCAUAGCUUUAGUGUCAUAUUAUACCAUAAGCACCUCUCCCAUCGUGUUGGUGUGAACCAGUGUUAUAACAGAAUGAUUUAUGGAGCCUUCUGUCUGCCAGGCAGAAAGUAGAAUUUCAUUGGGUUCAAAGCUUUAACAUCCUGAAGGUUGUUAUUAUUAGUGGACUGGCUGUUGACGACCAGGUAUUCAUUAUCUCCUUUUAUUUCUUGUAUUUCUAGACUUUUUUUGUUGUUGUUGUAAAAGACCAAUAAACAUAUCCAUUAUAGAAAAA